CUUCCGCUCACAGCAAAAUGACGUAGACUUGGGUAUCGAUUUUCAUUUGUUUGCUUACGGCUCUGAUUAGACGACUGUUGCUUAGGACACGAUAAGCCAAACAUAUCAUUGCAGUUGCACCGCAAGGGCGAAGACGCACAAGGCCUGCUUCGAUUUGAAUAUUUUUAAAUCAGGACCAAUCGGCAGAGAACUUGGACGAAAAUGAAGCAUCAACAGGUUGUCCCCGACUACACGACUAUGCUCAAAUCGUCCUGCCUGUGUCUACUGCUGGCAUUCUCAGGAUAUGUCCUCCUCAAGCUGGUGCAAGCGAUCUUCUACUUGCCCAGGCACCUGCAGAGGAACCAAGAGAAAUUAGAGGAAAUUGCGGCCAAAUACGCAGUCAAGCUAAAUGAAGAAAAAGCCAGCAACAAGGACGACUCUUCAUUGGAAAAUAUACCAGAAGUCGCCAACGAGGAAGGAGAUAACGAAGCAAAGAAAGAGAAAUAAGUGUGAGCGUUAUUGUUUGCGGGUUUACUGUUGUUUGAAAGUGUUUUAAUGCAGAGAUUUCUAGUCCAAUGUAAUUUUUGAAAAAUACUUUAUUUUCUAUUAACUCUUCUAUUAAAUACAAAAUCUAUUGCUAGAGUUGAA